GGUACCAAGUGGGGAGCACUGACAAAGUAUAUGAUGGCACAGCACUAACUGUGAUGGGAGAUGUAAUAUUUGUGUCUAUGAACUACAGAUUGAAUGUGUUUGGAUUUCUCAGCACAGGAGAUAGUGUAGUCCCAGGAAACAUGGGUUUGCUUGACCAGAAGCUGGCGCUCCAUUGGGUGAAGGAGAACAUAGCACUGUUUGGAGGAGAUCCAGAAAGGAUAACAAUAUUUGGAGAAUCUGCAGGAGCAACCAGUGUUACAACACAGGCCUUUUCCCCACAAAAAGGCCUUUUCCAGCGUGUAAUUGCACAGAGUGGGUCACUCCUUGCAUCAUGGGCCUUUAACAUGGAGGACAAUGUACCAUCAAUUAAGGGUAUGGGACAACAACUAGGCUGCAGUAAUGAACGUAUGGCUGACCUAGUGGAGUGCCUACGUGGAGUAGAUGUCACUGAGCUGUAUACUGCAUCUCUGAAUUAUAUGGAAACUGCCAUGGGUGCAAGAUGGUCCCCUGUGGUGGAUGGGGAGUUCAUCACAGAGCCCCCUGGGAAACUGGAUGAAGCCACAGGG